AUGGCGCAAAAUGAUUCACAGUUUCAGGAGAAGACGGAGCGUCGGCGGGAACAGAAUAAACUUGCGCAGCGGAGGUUUCGCCAGAGAUAUAGUCAAAGAAAAGCCACAGGCCCACAGGACUUCCUUGAUUUCAGCCUGAGCUCGGAGCUUCAGGGCCCAGAAUUAUCACGGACAGGCGACAACCACCAUCAACACAACACAAAUCUGCAAUCACCGAGUGCCACAGUGGCGCCUGCAUUUGAUUUCUACGAGCGGACCUGCCCUCCCGGGAUUGGAACAGGAUCCGAAGCCAGCACGGGUGACCUACCAGAUUACAUCAACAUCACCAGUCCGGACGACUGCUUCCUAUCUGACCAUGAAACUCUCUGUGCCCCGAAUCUGCUACAGCAGAUCCUGGCCCCAACCACCACAGACCCCCCCACCCAGCAUGCGUUUACACCCUUCAUUCACCACGAAAUUCCCAUGAUGAGCCCCCAGAAAAGCAACAACGGGAACAGUAGCAGCAGCAGCAGUGAAACUGGAGUAGCUGUGGGUUACCAGGGCAUCGAUCUAGUGAGCCCAGACCUAAACCUGGAUGGUGUUCCCCCGCGGGUGCUGAGUCCACUGCACCAGGCCGUCCGACGAGGCCACCAAAGAAUCGUGCAGAUUCUCCUAGCGCACCAGGCCAACUGCAACGAACAGGACGGGAAGGGCCGAACCCCGUUAGUGCACGCCGUCUUAGGUGGACACAAAGAGGUUGCAAAUCUGCUGCUGUCGCACGGGGCGCAGAUCGGCAUCGUAGAUGAUCAACAUCGAUCAGCGCUCCACUGGGCCGUGCUAAAUCGUCGAGAUCGGCUAUUGAAACGCCUAUUGCGGUACUGCGCAGGGGAAAGUACGAUUAUCAAUGGGCUGACGAGAGAGGGGAAGAGCCCUCUAUUCUUGGCGACUGAGACAGGGUUUGAGGCGGCUGUAGAGAUGCUUCUGGAUGCGGGAGCAGAUGUACAUUGUAAAGGGCCCGGACAAGGGAUGAUAUAG